AUGGUCGACGACGACGACCUCUUUACGCGGGCCAUAUCUGGGUAUCGGGACGCUUUUUUGGACCAACACUCCCAUCUUCCGGAAUCUGAGCGCCUACAACUAUGGAGUCAGCGCUUGAGUCAGUUCUUGCCGCCAACGACUGUUCCACCGACCACACCCGCAUACCGACCAGUAGCGGGUUCCAACAUCCUUGGCCAAGACAUCUCAUCUGAGAAAUCUGGGAAACGGACACGACAGGAUACUCCUCGGACACUACCUGGUUCUGGACUUCCUCCGACGAAACGGCGAGUCACCACUCCGGAUCUCCCAGAGAACGUUGAGCUGAAACGUGAUCUCUCCCAUGCGUCCUCCCCGGCGGCACCGGAAACGACUUGGCAACUAUCGAGAACAACAUCGCAGGCGGACCACUUGCCCCACUCCUCCGGUUCUGGAUCCGCGCCCCGACCAUCAGCUAUGGUUCGCUCGCAGAGUCAACAGGUCCCCGUGUCGUACCAACAUUCGACGACGUCCAUGGGCCAUUACCGACAUCUUCCUGGACACCAACGGCGCCUCCAGAACGUUAACGAGUACUCGCCAUCCGAAUACACCAAGCAAUAUUUGGGCGAGUUCGAGGACCAGACAAGCGCGUCCCCAAAUACUUUGGCAUUUCCAACGAAUCCCGUUCAAGUUGGAUCACAACAACGGAACUCUUUGCCCAUCCAGGUCCCCCAAGGCCAUAUGGGCGGCGAGAACUCCCUGACUGUGGCACCUGCCCAGUCUACUCUGGGAGCUGUCGAAAUGAGCCGCAGCACGACAACAGAGUCCUUGUGCGGGAAUAUGGGAAUGAUGCGUUUCGACUCUUCAGGUCCAAGUAUUGAGCCAGAUUAUCCCUUCUUCCCAUCCUCCUUGCCCUCCUCCAAUCCACCUCUCAAUAUACCCUUCUCCAACACCAAUAUCACUCCAACACCCCAUAUGGACAGCCAGAGCCAAUUCGGCCUAGUAGAUCCAUCAAUAUCCAUGCCCUAUUCCUGCUCUGCCCCUUCUACAUCUUCAAUGCCCAUUAUCCCCCCCUCUACCCCCACAGAAAUGAAACUCUCUAUGUCCGGAGAAGGCGAUGCUACAUCAAGUACAGCGCCAUCCAGGGCCGCGCGGAGAACCCAAGAACAAAUUGUUCACAGCGCAAGGCCUAUCGCUCCAAAAACAGAGUCUCAGAGUGUUUCCCCGCCUAGAGCGACAGAGCCCAAGAUGAUUCGCAUUUCAUCAUCUGACGGCACCUCAAAAGAGGUUGCAGCUAUUCCCAAAGCUUCUGUCCAGCGACCUCCACGGCAAAAAACAUAUUGUACUUUGUGCAAUGACCAGCCCGAUGGUUUCCACGGAGAGCACGAGCUCCGUCGCCACAUUGAGCGCGUUCAUGCCAUGGUUCGUAAAGUGUGGGUGUGUAUCGAUAUUUCCCCUGACAAGAAAUUCCUUGCAAACUGCAAGGCUUGUCGGAAUGGAAAGAGGUACGGCGCCAACUACAAUGCUGCUGCCCACCUUCGUCGUACGCACUUCAACCCAUGCCAACGCGGUCGCGGUGGACGCGGUAAAGACAGUGAAAAGCGUGGCGGAAAAGGAGGUGGUACUCACCCUUCCAUGGACGUGUUGAAACACUGGAUGGUCCAGAGAGAAGAAGUUGUCUUUGAGAAUGCUCAGAACAUCACUAUUGACCAAGAUCAAAAAGCUGAUGACAUGGUAACCUCACCGAUGAACUCGCUAGACGGUUCCUCCUUUGAGUCGGUUGUCACCGCCGAAGAUUUAUCCCUGCAAGGGAUAGAAUCAGCCGGCCUGAACGGUUAUGAUACCUUCGCCAGCUUCGCUACGAGUUCAUAUCCGUCGUUCGACAAUACCUGUUAUCUCGAGUCCCAGCAUCUGACUCCCGAGAUCAGUUCGUACGUGUGA